AUGAGGACCAUCGCCAUCCUUGCUGCCAUUCUCCUGGUGGCCCUGCAGGCCCAGGCUGAGUCACUCCAGGAAAGAGCUGAUGAGGCUACAACCCAGAAGCAGUCUGGGGAAGACAACCAGGACCUUGCUAUCUCCUUUGCAGGAAAUGGACUCUCUGCUCUUAGAACAUCAGGUUCUCAGGCAAGAGCCACCUGCUAUUGCCGAAUCGGCCAUUGUACUAUCCUUGAGUCCCUCUCCGGGGUGUGCGAAAUCAGUGGCCGCCUCUACAGACUCUGCUGUCGCUGA